UGAAAAUCUUUGGGAUGUGGGAUGCCAUCUGCCGCGCGAGGAAGCGCGUCGGGCAUUGGGCCAGCCAGCACCAAACACUUCUCGUAGGAACUGGCGUUGUCGUUGCAUGCAGUGCUGGGGCAUACUACAUGGUUCGCCGUGUUGUGAACGAAGCCGAGAACAUGACGAAGGAUAUCCAGCGCCAAAUCGCCGAGCAACAGCGCCUGGGUGUGCACCUUCGCCGGACUGAAGAAGAAUGCAAAGCCGCGUUCCUUCGGUUCCUGCCAUCCAUGAAGACACGCAUCUACAAACAAUUGGACUUGGAGCAUAUCGUGGAGAGCCUCAAAGUCCUCGACAAGAACGAGAAAGACACUCGCGAUAUGUUGUGGGACGACGCCAAGCUCAUCGGAUUCACACGACUGUACGCAAGUGUGUAUGCGUAUUGCUCGCUGCAAGUUCUAUUGCAUUGCGAGCUUCUCAUCAUGGGCCGCGAAACGUUCGACAAGGCCGCAGCGCAUGCCAAUGAGCUUGACGGCAAAGAAGAUGACAUCGAAGACGCGAAAGACACGCUGACCAGGCAGCACCAGUUCCUGUCGUCGACGAUGGACUACUUCUUCACAACCGGGCUGCCCAAGCUCAUCGAAGCAGUCGAGGUGCACAUCCACGGCAACGCGGAGCUUCACUCAUGGCGAGUGCAUGAAAAGCGGCAAGUUCAAGCGGACGAGCUGCAUGCGCUCCUGGGCGAGUUACACGUGGCUCCGCAGUGGUCGGUCGAGCAAUGGCAGCUGUUCCUCAUUUUCCCAGAGACACCUGCCGCCAUCGUGGAGCCGUCGUCAGCAUCGGCCAAGCCGUGGCUUAACGAACUCCGUGAUAUUCUAGACAGGUGCCACCAUUUCCUUCACCGCCAUCUUCUUUUCAUGAGUUGCAUGGCGUAUAUGCACAGUCCGUUCCUUCUGCAGGCGCUGCAGGACGCCACCAACAGCGCGUUUGAGCGGAUGACGACCCGCCUCGUGGCAUCGUUGUUUCACAUCCCGCAAAAACAAGAUGUUCCGUUGGCAAAGAUUAUCCCGCAACUCAAAAGUGAAGCCGCCAACUUGUUCAAGCCACAACUCCAAGACGAACUCUGGGACGACUUGACGAAACGCGAUUCGCUCCAGCACCUGACAACGUCGAUCUUUGCCCCAAAUGCCGCGUCCAUUCCUUCGACGUGGGUGUAGCCAAUGCAAAAGGAAAGCACCGAGCGGGGCUUGGAAAGUAUUCAAAGGAACCUGUCGCAACUAACUCGACAAACACAAUCGGUACA